GGAGCGUCGAAUUUUCUGACCUUAAACGGAAGCUACCAAAAAUAACUAUAACUACAUAUGGUGGACUAAACCGUGCAUCGCCGCUUAUGUCUUAGGCGGCCAGCUGACCAGCCACUCGCUCACGGGUAAUUCAGCCGCACGCCGUAUCGACAAAUUUGCUGGCCGAGGACUGUCUUCUUACGAAACUCGUUUGGAUGUACCAGAACUAGAUUAUUCUUCCCACCAUGGAAAACGAUAGAGUUGAGUCAUUUGAAACCCGCCCGCUUAGGCGCAACACCGGGACAAUGGGGCGCCCACCCCAGCGCGGCGGGACGAAUCCCAUGCGACAGCCUAGGGUCAACAUGCGACACGUACCGCCCAGAGAGGUAGUGCCGGGCGGCACAGAUCCAUACUAUCAGGAACCAGAGAACAUCAGCGACUACGCAGCACCUUUCGUGCAACAACCUCCUCCACCAGCACCUUUCACGGGGUACCAAGUACCGGUCUAUGCAACUUACAAUCCAUACGGCACCGUGAACAAUGACCCACGGCCGCCACCUGCUCAGCAGCACAUAUAUGGAUAUGACACAGCCUCUUCAUAUAGAGAGCCAUACUAUCAUGGCGAUCCUCGAUUGCAGUAUGAAUACCUAAAUCCCCGCACGAGGCGCGAGACGCGCGAGUAUUCCCGCUCUCGUUCCCAUAGUUCGGGCGUGGGUCAGCGCCAAAGGCGGUAUCCACGGGCAGCGUCAAGGUCCUCAGUCUCAUCGACUGAAGAUGAGGUUAUCAUACGUCCAGAACGAAGGUCAAGAAGACGACCUCAUUUUGGUGCCCGUCUCCAUGAGCGCUACUAUUCUGACGAGGAAGGAAAUUAUGAUGACCUCCCCGAAGGAAGAGUGUUUUCAUUCACUCCCAUGCGUGGAGAACCUCAAUCUUCGGAGGAAGAAAAUUCCACCGCGGUUUUUGCAGAGUUUCAGGUCUUGCAAAACCAAGAUCAGCCAGCCGAGGCAAGAAUCGCCAAGUUCAAGGAGAAGGGGUCAGAUGAAAAUGAUGGCUUUUCGUCUUCUUUUGCAAACAAACUACUUCACAUUGUCAAAUCGCAAUAUGCGGGAGAAGAUGCUUAUUAUGACGGCGACCACUCUGUCAAGCUGACUGUUGCGCAUGACCCGAAACAUUCUGGGCAGCCACUGUUCCGAUGGCUGCACUUGCAGCAGAGGCAACUCAAUUUGGAUGAGCUCUCGGCCGAAAUUUCUCGCAUACCGAAUCUAUCAAGCGAAGAACUCCAUGGAAUCACAAAACUCCUCGGUCAAGUCAGAAACAAUAUCAAACAUCAUCGGACCGCUAACGGCCAAAGUGUCAAACAUAUGGUUCCUGGCACCACUCGUAUUACAAUCACGGGAGGCAACGCGCCAGGCAAUCAGCGAUCGGAUGGCAAGAACAGCAAAAAGCCCCUCACCUGGCUGUGUAUUCCUUAUCUCUCUUUAGAGAAAUACUCCGGCCUGAUGUCGGCGAGUACAACUGCAGGCUUUCCGCCUGAAACUUUACUGCAGUAUGACUAUGCUGCGAGCGCCCAAGAACGAGACAUGGAGCAAGUCGUAGCCCUCGCCAAAGCAGCGCCUGAAGGAGAGUGUAUCCAUGUUAAUCAGCUGUGGAGUAUCGUACUGGGCCAUUCUUUCUUGAUUACUUGCGGACACAUGCCGAGUGUGAGUCUUCGAGAUAACGUGGUAAAAAUCGUUACAGAGCCACCACUGGAGACAGCUUCCAAGACGAAGUCAAUAUAUGUGUCGUAUUGCCACACGGUUCUCUGGGCAUUGCCACUGGAUACGUGCCGUACGUGGUUUUCCUUCGUAAAACAUUUUCAUGAUUUCUGGCCCCAGGCCAUCCGUUUCUACCAUCGCGAUAAGAUUAUCACGGAGAAUGACUGGCCACAAAUGGUAUACCGGGCGAGUAGCACUCAAACCACAGUUGAGCUACGAAUGAGCCCCCAUCCGCAGCCUCCUCCUACAGGUGUGCUCCAACCAAUCCAACAUAACCCGGGCCAUCAGGCGCAAAGUCCUCAAAAAGAUGCCACUCAAGUACCCAAGACCUUAUCGCAAUCAGUCAAUAAUGCCUUUCACGUUUUCACGUGGAUGGAUAUUGCCAAGCCCAAGUCGGUGAUGUCGGCAGAAUUAAAUGUUGACAAUAUUUUGAAGCAGCUCGCAGAAGCACAUAAGUAUCUCGGAGGGUCAACAUCUGGCCGCGACCGCAAAAUCUAUGAGGCUGGCAGGCUGUCAACUCAAGAGAAACUGCACGCAUACCUUGAAGCUGAAGGCAAAGUCCUCGACAGUUCAACUGAGGAAGACACUUCAAAACGGGACGACUGGACCAGCUGUGUCGAUUUAUACAAUGCCGCUGAGAUUAUAUUUCGUUUCUUCUUGCCAAGGCGCUUUGACAGUAGCGCCCCAACGGUUGGAAAAUUCUGGGGGGCAAUUGAAGUUCUCGUCGAGGCACCGCUAGAAGCGACAAGCCAAGACAUCCGCACAAGUCGAGGAAGAAAGGCACCGAGGCAGCUGUAUCUCAACCGUGGAAAUAUCAUUUCCAUAGGAGCAUCUCUACGUGCUACCAUUGGAGUGAUUCAGUCAUUCCAGAGCACCUUCUCACAUCUACCAGCAGACGAGAGAGCUAAAAUCGAAGUGCCGAAUAGUCUAAUUUGUGCAUGGCUUCAUCUCCUCCUGGCUCUCGUUCAGGGUGCACACGACGGAUUAGAUUGGCAAGAAAACUUCGGAAUCGCUGACGCUCUCAUUACAAAGGGAAUGGGCGAAAUCAUGGAAAAUCUAUCCGCUCCGAAUCUGCUCCAGACUGCUGCUAUCCACCCCCUUGAGUUGAUCAGCCUUAUGAGUAAGAGUUUGUUCCAGGACUCUAUUGGAAUUGAUCAAACUCUUAGCGAUACAUAUUAUCAGUACAUGAAGAGAUUGGAGAAUGAGAUCAAUGACAAUCCAGACCGCUCCCACCAAUAUCGCAUUAACCAACUUAAGAAGGAACUGGACAUCAUUCAACGACUGAUCAAAACGCAACAGACAAUAACCGCCGGCAUGAUGCCGCCCAAGCCAACACUCGAUAGCGCAGGCCAAAGCCGGGCAGAAGCACGGAUUUUGGAGAAGAGAAUGGAUGAAUAUGAUCGCGAGAAAUCUCGGAUUCAAAACAAAAUGACCUAUAUGAAGAGUCCUGGAUACUAUUACGAGAGGGAGGCUUCGUAUCCCCCGUUUCGCGAUGCUGAACUCCUGAGCAGUAACCGUGAUCCAGACGAGUUCUCCAGGUUGUCCCCGAUAGACCCUGGCGGAUUCGCUGAGUUCUUCGUCAGAGAAUGCAUGAGUCUGUUGGAGCGCAGAGAAAACGACUUCCAAGACUUUUUGGUAGAAGCAAGCCGACUGGAGGCAUAUAAUGUAACCAACAUCGACAUUACCAAGGACAAGCAGGAGAAGGCCGUCUACGCAUUCACCAUGGUGACCAUCAUCUUCCUGCCGUUGGGGACGAUCAGCAGUAUCUUCGGCAUGAAUACUUCGGAUAUAGCCAACCUGGAAAUGUCGCAAUGGAUCUACUGGGCCACCGCACUGCCGGUCACUCUUCUGGUGAUCGUGGGAGGCUUGUGGUGGAUGGGUGAGCUGCAGGAUAUAAUUGAAUGGCUCUUCCGACGACCGAAAACGGGAGGGUCGAGACGAAGGAACAACGCAAACUAUGCGAUCGCCCCGGCUGCUCAGGCACAAAAUCCCUUUGCACCGGUGCAUGACGCAUAUGUAGUUCCGCCUCUUCCGCCGCCGCCGCAGCCAAUGACAUACGCGUUACCGUCGCGUCGCCGAACGGGAUAUAGAGGACGUUUUUGAGGUAUGAGCAGAUCUCACAGAGACCAGUAGCGGAGGGCAAGAAAGGGCAUGUGACUUUGGAUAGAUUGCAUAACCUACAUGAACUUGUCAACAUUUUAAAAACAAGAUUGAGGAUCAGCUAGCCGAGAUAUUGUCAACACUGUAGUGCACACCGAGAGUGUAGCUGAUGCAACCAAGUAAGAAAUGUGAGACUGG